UCCGGACCCGACCCACAGGCACCGAGUUCCCGCUGCACAGGGAGAGAGAGACCGGAGAGAGGACCGGAGAGAGGAGGAGAAAUACAACGAGAGAAGAAGAAGAAGAAGAAGAGGAGGAGGAGAAAGUGGAAGAAAAGAGGAGAAAGAGACUCACAAGUGUUUUAGCGGAGCGCGGAGCAGGAGGAGAAAGUGAGAGAGGAAGAGAGGAGGAAGAGAGGAGGAAGCUCCAUGUCGCUCCCCGGCUCCCCUCCGCUGCUCACGCCGGGCUCGGGCACCCAGACCCCGGCCUCGCUCUACCGCCCGGCUCCGGACGGGCUCCACGGCUCGGUGGCCUCCAGCGGCCCCCCCACCCCGCUGUGCCCGUCCCCCCGGCUCUCCAGCACCAUGCUCGGCGCCUUCCUGCCCGGAGCCCCGCUGGUGCCCGGUGCCCUCGGCGGGCUCGGACCCCUCAGCUCCCCGGGCCUGACCCCCGGAUCCCCCGGCCUGCAGCAGCCGUCCUCCGGGCUGUGCAGCGAGUGCAAGCUGGUGGAGGUGCACGGGGUGAAGGUGGCCAGCUUCGGGUCGGACCAGGGCCAGGAGCUGAUCUGCCUCCCGCAGGUGUUCGACCUGUUCCUGAAGCACCUGGUGGGGGGGCUGCACACCGUGUACACCAAGCUCAAGCGCCUGGACAUCGCCCCGGUGGUCUGCACCGUGGAGCAGGUGCGAGUCCUGCGGGGGCUGGGAGCCAUCCAGCCCGGGGUGAACCGCUGCAAGCUCAUCUCCAGGCGGGACUUCGAGACGCUGUACCAGGACUGCACCAGCGCCAGCUCUCGCCCGGGCCGUCCUCCGAAGCGUUGUGCUGGUGCCGGGAUCCAGGAAAGCCCCAGGCUGCUUCACCCGGGCCUCCCCGGCCUGCUGUCCCCCAACCUGCUGUCACACACCGGCCUGACAGCAGCAGCCAUGGCCGAGCUCCAGAAGCUUCACAAGAUGAAGAUGAUGAUGAGUCUCCAGAACGGCAACGAGUCGGACAACGACGACAUGCACUCCAACACAGGAGGCAGCGAGUGUUCCUGGGAUAAGGAGCGUCUCACCAGCCCCCCCGCUGGAGCCCACAGUGGAGGAGGAGGAGCAGGGGGAGGGGGGGGCGGAGGAGGAGCACCGGUCGGAAUGAUGGGAGGAGGAGGAGGAGGAGGAGGAGGAGGAGGAGCGGUGGCAGGUGGAGGGAGGGGGCCGGCCAUCGGAGCGGUCAAUCAGCAACAACUCCAACAGCAGCAACAGCUACUGGCUAACAGGUUGGACCUGCCCUUCAUGAUGAUGCCCCACCCUCUGCUGCCCAUGGGGCUGCCCCCUGCCUCCGUCGCCAUGGCGAUGUCACAGAUGAACCACCUCAACACCAUCGCCAACAUGGCCGCCGCGGCCCAGCAGAUCCACACUCAUGUCCACCGCGCACCUGUCAUCAAGGAGAGGGUGUGUGACAGCCCCUCUCUCUCUCCGUCUGUGGACGAGGCCAACACUCCUCUGCAGUCGCAGCCCAGCAGCUCGGCCUCCAGCUCGCCAGAAAGACUGGGACUAGUGUCAGCUGAUGCAGAUGUUGCACUCAGCAACCCGGCUGCAGCCAACAAGAAAAUAACAAAGGACAAAGACGAGUCAUCGCUGGGACAAGCCCUGCCCCCUGGCUUCCCUGCUCCGUUCCUAUUCGCUGACGGCUUGUCGUCAGUAGAGACCCUGCUCACCAACAUACAGGGUCUGCUGAAGGUGGCGGUGGAGAACGCUCGGGUGCAGGACAAACACAUCCAGGCGGAGAAGAGGGAGCUGAAGAUGGAGCUCUACAGGGAACGAGAGAUGAGGGAGAGUUUGGAGCGGCAGCUCACCUCCGAACUGCACAGCAGAGCCUCCAUCCAGAAGCGUCUGAAGAAGGAGAAGAAGGCCAAGAGGAAGCUGCAGGAGGCGCUGGAGUUUGAGUCCAAGAGGAGGGAGAGAGUGGAGGACGCUCUGAAACACUCGUCCUCAUCCUCCCCCUCUCCUGAGCCGCUUCACGCCGCCAACAACAACAUCAACGCCAAGAACAACGCUGCUGAGGAUAAACCUGAACUUAAUGGAAACCAGCAAGACAACGGUGCUGUACAAGAAUCCCGGCCGUUUCUGAAGACACCCAUGAUGUUUUAGACCGAGGAAUCCGCGCCUGUCGAAACCCCGCCCCCUUCCCGCCAUCUAGCCCCUCCCACACCACCCCCCUGCACAGAAGAACUCCACCAGCCCGUUUCCACAGCAACCACGGCUUCCACGACAGCAACGACCUCCCCCGGCGGGAUUCUAACUUUGCUACACCGCGACAUUUUGAUGUCGCUAAGAUACAUUGAGACUACUAAGAGACACGCCCCUUAUCUGGACUCAUUUUGGGGCCGUCUCUCUCUCUCUCUUUCUUCUAUUCUUCUUUUUAGGCACACUUCACUCCAUUCAAUCCUCUUUUCUCUUCUCAUUCCUCGUUCAUUUCAAAAAAGUAAAAAUCGUUCCCAAGAAAAUGGCGAAGGAGGCAAACGGACCGAUCAGCGCUCGCCAUCGUGUUCGGAGAUCGUGCGAAGAAAUGAACGACUUGAUUGGACGACUGAGACUCUUUAAUUGGUCGGAUAUCAUCAUGUGACUCACUGGACUGAACCAGGCUCAUUGUGAUCGGUGCUGACGAGAUAAUAAUGUUUCCAUGAAAAGAUGAAACUUUCUCUUCAAACCACCUCCUCUGAUUGGACGGUAAUCAGCUCAUCGGAGGCGCUCAGGACGCAGGAUGGAAACAGAGGGUUUAAGAAUAAAAUACAAAAAAAAAGACGUGUAAAGAAAAUAUUUGGAUGGAAAAGAAACUGAGGAAAACAACUCGAGAGGCUAUUUCUGUCUCUCAUGUUUCAUUCAUUUUUGUUUUCCGUACAGGGACCUGAAAGAAUGCAUGGGAAAACUUCUGUUGUCCUUUAUUUUAUCCUCCGUACACUCAUCUCCCCUCGUAUCUCUCCUCUUCUCUGAUUUGUUCUUCACCCUCUUUUCUCUUUUCUAUAAAAAUCAGCAUCUCUUCCUAUAAGACCUUGAAUCCUUCACUCUUCCUUACUUCUUUCCCUUUACCCCCUCCCUCUUUCUCUGUCUCUCUCUUUCUAUACGGAGGCAUUAUUCUGAAACUGUUGGAUGCAGCUUUUCAAUGUAUGAAGUAUUUUCUAUCACCCUUGACUUGUGAAAUCAGUUUCUCAAAUGACGCAAAGGUUGAAAAAAAAAAAAAAAAGAAACCCUUUUUUUAUUACGAUGGAGUGAUUUUUAGACACGAUAUUAUAUCCUGAAAGUACGUUGGAUUCUCUCCCUCGACAAUGGACCUUUUCACCUUUUGACCCCUGCCCCCCUCCCCCCCGUGACCAGUAAGUAGUCCUGAAGUUUCUGGCGUUUGUCAAAUUAAAACUGAGGAGCGCUUCAUUUGUUUGAGCUGAGGAUUUUAAUCUACCCGAAUGAUACAUAAUCAAAUUUAGUUUUUGGGAAGGGGAUUCAAAAAGUAAUGAAGCGUACCACAGGUGGAGAAAUCAAGCGCUCCUCAGCAACGUCAAACGCCAGGGGAACUUUUUAUUCCCCCAGAUUUUUCUGACCUACUCCGAGUGCAGACUGUUGUGUUGCAGUUUUGUUUAUUCCACCGCGUGUUUUGUUUGUUUAUUUGUUGAUUACUAUUUGAAAUGUGUAC